AAUCAAUUUUUUUCAGCAUUUUUCAACUUAUUAGUUAAGUUAUUAUAAUUGUUAUGAGGUAACAUAGCCUUGAGUUGUUUGUAUCCAGUAUCAAAUAAUUUAUGAUCGUUAAUAUAAGUUAUCUAACAAUGCGAUAUUUUGUAAUAUUACGUAGGUAUUUGACCUAAAUUAUAAAAAAAAUUUAGGUCAAAUCAACGAGUUGUUUUUUAUUUUCUCUCAAUGUGUCGCCAAACUGCAUAACACAGAUACUUGCUCAUAGAUCAUUAAAAUAAAUCACUCAACGAAGCACGGAUCAUCAUGGACUUGGCUAAUAUCCGUAUAACUGGCAUAUUGAUAUUAAUCGUGAACUUGCAGAUAACCGAUAACGUUUUGCUAAGAGAGCUCAAAAAACAACCGCAUAUUGUUCUCAUCGUUGCCGAUGAUCUGGGUUGGAAUGAUGUUGGAUUUCAUGGAUCUAUACAGAUACCCACGCCGAAUAUCGAUGCACUUGCUUAUCACGGUGCGAUAUUAAAUCGUCAUUAUGUCCUGCCUACUUGUACUCCAUCGAGGGCUGCUUUGCUUACCGGCAAAUACCCGAUUCGCUAUGGCUUUCAAGGUCCACCCAUUGCUGCUGGUCAGGCUAAAGCACUGCCAACGAAUGAAACAAUUUUACCUCAAUAUCUGAAAGGGUUGGGCUAUUCAACACACUUGGUGGGAAAAUGGCACUUGGGCUGUUACCAAAAACGUUUCACUCCCACACAAAGGGGAUUUGACAGUCAUUUCGGCUUCUGGAACGGAUAUAUUAGUUAUAGAAACAGCACACACGCUACACACACAAUGAACGGUAUCGAUGCCAGACGUGGAUUCGAAAGGGCAGGAAGUGAGAUGGACCGGGAUCGGUACGCAACUGAUGUUUUCACAGAAGAAGCUCUUAAAAUCAUAGAAUCAAGUAAACAGAAAAACACGAAAAUGUUUUUAAUGGUAAGUCAUUUGGCCGUUCAUUCUGGAAAUAAGGGCCCAAAUCAUUUGGAAGUCUCAAACAAAACCUACAACGACGAGGCAUUCAGUUAUAUUGAAAACGAAAACAGAAGGCUUUAUGCAGGAAUGUUGACUUCGUUGGACGACUCUGUAGGAAAAAUAAUCGAAUCACUACACGAAAAUGAAAUGCUAAAAGAUUCUAUUGUGGUAUUUAUGUCAGACAACGGUGCGCCGACGGAUGAUCCGUUAUGGGGCCAUGAAAACUUUGGAUCAAAUUGGCCUUUGAGAGGGAAAAAGGGAUCAGUACACGAAGGCGGAGUUCGUGGGGUGGCUGCGAUAUGGAGUCCAUGGUUGAAACAAAAAAACAUCGUUUCUAAAAACUUAUUUCAUAUUACUGAUUGGUUACCCACUUUAUAUACAGCUGCAGGUGGGAAUUUUGAAGACUUAGGUAAAAUUGAUGGUGUCGAUCAGUGGAAAAGCUUAACUGAUACUUUAGAACAAGCAAGAUCAAAUGUUUUAAUCAAUAUAGAUGAGAAAAGUGGAGAGGAAGCCUUAAUUUUCAACCAAUGGAAAGUUGUGAAAAGUAACCGUACAAGUAACAUGGUUUUUAAUCUCAAGUACGGCGGGGAUCCUGGUAACGAAGGACCGGAGUAUAAUAUGUCCGGUGUGGUGGCAAGUGCUGUCGGUUCACGUCUAUCGGAAAUCAACUGUUUGGCCGGAGACGGUUGCAUGAACUCGUCGACGGCUCGGGACAUGUUUUACGUUGUACGUUCACAGGCCAAAGUCGACGGCCAAACGUGUCCAGAGCGCGUAUCCAACCCAAAACCCGACCAACGGUAUGAAUGUUUUGACGGAUACUGUCUUUUUGACACUCUCCAAGACCCCUGCGAGUAUCGAAAUGUGGCCGAACAGAACCCCCAGACGCUGGAGGUGACGAUCCAAAUGCUGGAACGGUUCAAAAGGGAAAUGACAAAGCAACCACCUACACCGAUCACUGAUCCCGAAGCUGAUCCUCUUCGAUUUGCUGGUUAUUGGGACAAUUGGCUGGAACCCUUCGACAAAGCUUAGAUAGAAUUUCCGUAAUCAUAUGUUAUGAAUUUACUAUUAUGCCGCGUUUGUAUGAAUAUUAUAAUUGUGUAAUUACAAUAUACAUAAUUAUACAUAAUAUUUUAAUAAUUAUAAUUUUGUUAUAUAGACAUGUAGUACUUGUACUGAUUGCCUAAUAAUAUUGAUAAAAAAUAUGUUUACUGUAACAUAAUUAAAAUAUUAUUAUAAUUACAUGU